AUGGGAUUUGUGAGGUGUGUCGGGAAAAUUGAAUCCUCUACUGCUACUGCUAAUGUCAUUGAGCAGAUUCAGAGGAUAUCUGCUAGGUUGAGACAGUAUGGAAAGGUUGAAGGAAAGAAGGUUUCAGAAGGAGAUUGGAGAUCUGAAGAUCUUGUUUAUAACAAGUACCCUAGCAUCAGCCCUGCAGUUCCAUCACCAUCUUCAUCUUCAUCACCUGGAAUGCUUGCUGUAGGGCAGAUGGGUAGCUAUGGUGGGUAUGGAUUUGUGACUAUGGAGAAAAGUUUUAGGGACUGCUCCAUAUCAACAAGAUGCAGUGGUGGUGGAUCUAUAGGCCACAAUCUGUGGGUUGGUGUAGACCCAUAUUCUUUAUCCUACCCAAUGGUGACCAAAUACCAACUAGUGGCCCGAUUUAAGAAUUCUCUUAAUUUGAGUCACACGGUUAGAGGUAUACUGGACAGAGCCAUUGAAGCAGAGGACAAAAAACAUGGAGAUUUAUUUAGGCUGGAUCAUGUUGAGGGCUACCUUGAACUGUCUACGAAGACAAAGUCAUAUUUUGCUACUGCUGUUGCUUCAUGGGAUGCAGAUUUUUAUGUGAAAGUUGAUGAUGAUGUUCAUGUAAAUAUAGCAACACUAGGAGAAACUUUGGCAAGAUACAGGAAAAAGCCACGGGUGUAUAUCGGAUGUAUGAAAUCUGGUCCUGUCCUUGCUCAGAAGGGAGUGAGGUACUAUGAACCUGAAUAUUGGAAAUUCGGGGAGACAAGAAACAGGUAUUUUAGACAUGCUACAGAACAACUAUAUGCCAUUUCAAAAGAUUUGGCUACUUACGUCUCGAUAAACCAGUUAAGUUACACUCUCACAUGGUGUUAAAAAUGAGAGAUCAAAAAAACAAAUGUGUGUGUAUCACUGAAGCUAUUUUCGCACAGAGAGAGAAAGUAUGGGUUUUUGAUAAUGAUACAAAUUGUGAUUGAUCUGUAUCUAUAUAUAU